CUCUCUCUCUCUCUCUCUCUCUCUCUCUCUCUCUCUCUCUCUCUCUCUCUCUCUCUCUCUCUCUCUCUCUCUCUCUCUCUCUCUCUCUCUCUCUCUCUCUCUCUCCCCCUCCCUCCCCGCUGUGUGUUAUUCUGGCCAGUGAGCUGAGUUGCGUAGCAGUGCAGUUUUAAGUCUAUUACCAGUCAGUCUUUCCCUGGCUCGUUCAGGUAUCAGACUUUUUAAGGAGGAGAUCAUUCUUUUCUAUUAAUAAAUACUUUGUUGUGCUAUUUAAUUGUAGUUACUAUAAUACGUAUCGUUACUAUUAUUAUUGAUAGUAAUACCAAUAUUAUUAUUAUACUCAUUGUUUUAUUUGAUUCUGUGUAGUGGGGGAGUAUUUGUCCUCAGUUGUAAACUACAAUUUUUUUUCCCUUUGGCAAGAUCACUUCUUUCCCAGUACUAGUACUGCCUGCCGCCGCUGUUGUGAGAAUGAUUCAUGUACAAAUCUGAAACUUGUUUUUUUUUCUGUUUGGGAGAACCUGGAUUGUGUAGAAGAAAGGAUCUCAGUUUACGGGAAAAGCCAGCUUGCUCGUGUUUGUGACGGAAAUACAACAUUCCAUUUUUUUAAAACAAAACACGUUCUGAUUUGGCUAAUUUUUUGUAGCCUAAUGGAUAACAAGUAAGUUCUGUGGCACCGGUGCCUGUGUUUCAGAUAGUAAUAUUAUCAGGAGACAUUCGCGCUAGUUAGUUGACUGCUGCAGUUAUUUUAGUGGCGGUACUGGUGUUUAUUCUUCCGCAAAUCCAGUGUCACUUACAUCUCCCCAUCCUGCACACCCCUGCACUGGCCGACGGUCUCUCCUCACUCGUUGUAGGGAAGACCUAAUGUUUUUUACGGGACAACGCCGGUCAUUUGUCCCCUCCAUCCCUUCUCUCUCUCAGAAGGAAGACAUUUGCUGGAAGCUGUAAACAUGAGAGAAGAGACUUCAAAGAACACGGAGCUAAUAGCGUUAACGACCCCGGAGCUGCCGUACCUUCGCUGUCCUUCUGACUGGCCCAAGGGAGCCGAGGAAUCAGCCCUUUUUGAGUGACCUUUCCAUCACCGAGACACUAGCCGCCCCUUCCUUCCCGCAACCCCCCUUCCCUCAUCUCAGCCCUCCGCCCCUAACAUAGCCUUACCGGCUACCUCUUUGACCUCAAGAACCUUUCCUGGUUUACUGUGACGAGGUCUGCAGAGGGGAGAAAGAGGAAACCAUUGUCUACGGCUAAUAACAUUAAAACGAAAAAAAAAUUACACCACAAAAACUAGGAGGAUUAAGCGAAGCAAAGAGGGGGUAUCCUGUUAUAUCUGAGCUAUACUGGAGCCAUAACCAAAUCGAGCAACCAGCUGACAGCCAGUGCACUUUCCCCCUUUCUGAUUCCCAGUCUCAUGUUUUGCUGUCCCUGUGCACUGACAGAAUACAACGUCGUGUUGGGAGACGUUAUUUAUUCUUUUUUUUUUCUUGGAAAGGAGAAGGAGAAAGAGAGACAGAAUAGAGCACUGCGCUUGUGUGUGGAAGCCCGGAGUCCGGAGGCUUAUUGGGGAUAUAACCUACCUGUCUACCUAUUUGACAGCUAUUGCUGGAAUCAUCUCCACCGCACUGUUGGGACGGGAGAGAGGUAUAAUCACAAGCACAGCAGAGGAACACAGACAGAGACAGAGAGAAACAUCUUUUUUUUUCUUUCUUCGGAACAGUGCUGAUGCAUCUCCGAGCAUCUCAUCAUUUGCGCGGCGACGACAGCAGCAGCGGUUCUGUCCCCGCAAAGUGGAUUACAGAGUUCCAGUAAACUACCCUGAGUCGGAAACGGCAUCUGGUACGGAUUUGACCUGGACAAGUUGUUUAGUUGGGUAGCCGCGGAUUACAAGAGAUAUGCGGUCCCUCCUGUCAGCACUCACUUGCCUAUGUGUCCAGGCCAUGGUGGUGCUGUGCAGUCCACUCCAGGUAGGAGACACUCCACCUCCUUUCACUGUCAUCUCAUCUCCAACCCAACCCAGAGGCUCCCAUGCGGGGGGAAACCCCCCAGUUACACAGAAGCAGAGAGAUCUGGGGCAGGAUCUAAACUCUAAACUGCCCCUACAGGUCCUGGCAGAUGAGAAUGUGGAUUUCCGGAUUCACGUGGAGAAUCAGACGCGGGCACGAGACGAUAUGAGCAGGAAACAGCUGCGAGUCUACCAGCUGUACAGCCGCACCAGCGGGAAGCACGUGCAGGUGCUGGACCGCCGGAUCAGCGCACGAGGGGAGGACGGAGACAAAUAUGCCCAGCUCGUUGUGGAAACGGACACGUUUGGGAGCCAGGUGCGAAUCAAAGGCAAAGCUACGGACUAUUACCUCUGCAUGAACCGGAGAGGCAAGCUAGUGGGCAAGGUGAACGACAAGAGCAAAGAGUGUGUAUUUGUGGAGAAGGUGCUGGAGAAUAACUACACAGCCCUGAUGUCAGCCAAGUACUCAGGCUGGUACGUUGGCUUCACCAAGAAAGGGCGCCCACGCAAAGGCCCGCGCACCCAGGAGAACCAGCAGGACGUGCACUUCAUGAAGCGUUACCCCAAAGGGGUACCUCCAGACCCCCAGAGGCCCUUCCGCUACACCACAGUCAGCAAGCGGACUAAACGCAUCCGCCCAGCCAACCCUAGUUAGAGGGACCGGCCACAGAGCAAUAUUUUUUACAGCAGAUCAGCGACAAGAGAAAUACAUAUAAGAAAUGGAGAAGAAAUGUUCUAUUUUUGUACUUUGUGGCUGCAGUACUGAGGAGAGCAAGCGAUAGAGAGGGAGAGAGAGGGGGGGAGGGAGUCGUAAAGCGAGUAUGCAAGCUUAUUUCUCUGUCCAGGUGCUCAGCAGAACAUAAUCGGCUACGAGAAUGAGCUUAAAAUGGAGUGGGAUUGUUGUUUUUAUUUCUUA